AUGCCAGUAGACAAUUGGCUUAUUUUAGCUUUAAUAAUGAUAUUUUCUUCCACAAUAUUUUGUGGUCUUUUACCAAUAAUAAUACGUUUAUUGAUAGCUCGUCGACGUUAUCGUCGUUAUCUUGUUGAAUUCCAAGAUAUAGAAUGCUCAACUCCCGAUGUAUUUCCAACUUUGGAAUCAAUCUAUCAUGAUGUGCAAAUACAUAAUGACGAACAAAUUAAUUGUCAUGAACAUUCAAUAUUAUAUUCACGCUUACCAUUUAUCGAUGAUCUGAUUAAAGAUGAGGACACAUAUGUUUAA